AUGCCGCCCCGUGGGACGUGUGCGCGGGACCGAUGCACCUUCGGCACGUUUGCCAACGACACCGAGAUGCGUGGUGCAGGUGACGGGCUGGAGGGAAGGGAUGCUGUCCAGAAGGACCUGGGCAGGCAUGAGAGGUGGGACCAUGUGAGCCUGGUGGAGCUCAGCAAGGGCAAGCGCAGGGUCCUGCACAUGGCCACCGAGUACCACCUCGGCCUGCUGAAGGCAAAGCUUGCAAAAUACAGAGCUCAGUUGCUAGAACCCUCCAAAUCCUCGGCCGCUAAAGGAGAAGGCUUCGAUGUGAUGAAAUCUGGAGAUGCCCGGGUGGCGCUGAUCGGUUUCCCUUCGGUGGGUAAGUCCACGUUUUUGAGUUUAAUGACCUCAACUGCCAGCGAAGCUGCGUCUUACGAGUUCACCACCCUGACGUGUAUCCCGGGAGUCAUAGAAUACAAAGGAGCCAAUAUUCAGCUGCUGGAUCUGCCCGGAAUCAUCGAAGGAGCAGCACAAGGGAAGGGCAGAGGUCGGCAGGUGAUAGCUGUGGCCAGGACAGCAGACGUCGUCAUCAUGAUGCUGGAUGCCACAAAGGGUGAAGUACAGAGGGCCUUGCUGGAGAAAGAACUGGAAUCUGUAGGAAUCCGGCUGAACAAAAGCAAACCAAAUAUCUACUUCAAGCCGAAGAAGGGUGGGGGUAUCUCCUUCAACUCAACUGUCACAUUGACUCAGUGCUCCGAGAAGCUGGUGCAGCUCAUCCUCCAUGAAUACAAAAUCUUCAACGCUGAGGUCCUCUUCAGAGAGGAUUGUUCCCCUGAUGAGUUCAUCGACGUGAUUGUAGGCAACAGGGUCUACAUGCCGUGCCUCUACGUUUAUAACAAGAUUGACCAGAUAUCCAUGGAGGAAGUGGAUCGUCUUGCUCGGAGGCCCCACAGUGUUGUCAUCAGCUGUGGCAUGAAACUGAACCUGGACUACUUGCUGGAGAAGCUCUGGGAAUACCUGGCACUCACCUGCAUCUACACCAAGAAACGAGGACAGAGACCAGACUUUACAGAUGCCAUUAUUCUACGGAAAGGGGCCUCUGUGGAGCACGUGUGCCAUCGAAUUCACAGAUCGUUAGCCAGCCAGUUCAAAUAUGCCUUGGUGUGGGGGACAAGCACAAAAUACAGCCCUCAAAGAGUGGGCUUAACCCAUAUGAUGGAGCAUGAAGAUGUCAUUCAGAUCGUAAAGAAGUAACCCUCUUUGCUGGUGCCUGGCCUGGUCUUUGAUCACUAGAAUUGGAACUGACCACAUAAAAGCAAAACAAAACAAAA